GAGGGUUCUCACACACCGAGGGGCGGUUGAUAUCCAUCCGCCGCUGUUCGCCACACACCUUCCCUCCCCGCCGCCCCCGACCUCUGGAUCCCAGCCCCCACCGCCAACCGUCCCCGGGUCCCAUAGGUUGCAGUGCCAGCAACGAGGGGGUGGUCGCCCGCGGAGGUCUGCAGAGGCGGGCUGUCGUGAGCCCGCCCCUUAGGCUCGGGCUCCUCCUGGCCCCGCCCCCUCUGGGUCGGAACUAGGGUGGGCCGGGGAGGGGGCGUCGAGCCCGUUCGCGCCGUAUCCCUCCGCCCCCCUUCCCGACACCCUCGCCGCGAGCGUUUCGUGCCGCAUCCUGCGCAGCCCCUGCCCAGUUUGGUGCAGCAGCGCGGGGGGCGGGACGCCUCUUUGCGAUUCUGGCCGCACGCAAGGCGGUGGGAAUCCGAGUGCAGAGCUCCGAGAGGAGGGGGAGGCCGACGACUUGCACCUUGAGCCUGUGAGGGCAAGUGGGGGUGUCGUGGGGGGAGGCGGGGGACCCCCACUGUCGCCUGGCUUACAGGCUGUCCGGACCCCAGACCCUGACAGCCUGGCAAGGAGGAAGCGACCCUGUCGUAGCUGGUCUCUGAGAGAGGACAGGACUCUUCUCCAGCUAAGGACUGUUCUUUGGUGGGAAGGGUAGAAGUUCCUGAGGACCCCUACUGUGUAGGCUGGCUGGCAUAGGUGGCAAUGAGGUUCCUGUAGAAAGCUGUAGGUAGUUUUUCACUUUGAAUUAAGCAAGAGGACGAAAACUAUUCAUUUGGGUCCAAGUUGGAAGAGACUGAAAGCUCAUUUUCUUCUUCCACCUCCGGUCCAUCUGCAGUGGUGGCUAUAGUGGCCUUGGAGUGGCAGAUCAUCACCUUCAACAGGUCUGUACUCAGAAACCAUCAUCUUCACUCAAGCUGAAUUCCUCUGCUUGUCUCUGUAUCACUGACAGAGGCUAUGUGUUUUGGAAGGGGACUGUGUGACUGUUGAGCUAAUGAGUAACUCUUGCUACAAAGUUUACGUCUGAGCCAGUGAAAGAGUGUUAAGGCAUUGACCUGGGACACAUUGAGAACCAAGGCCAAGAUUUUAUAGGGCUAUCUAUAUAACUGGUCUUCAACCAUGACUGGGGCUAAGAAUGAGAGUAGAAACAAAGCCAAAACUCAAAAAAGGGCUGGUGUACAAGCUGAAGCGAAAAGGGAGUCUACUGGCAUAGUCAGACCUGUAGUCAAGACCCAGGACAAAGCAACAGCCAAGGCAGGGUCUCAAGCUGAUGCAGCAAUGACAACGAUGAAGGCAAGGUCUAAGAACAGGAUUGUUACUGAGAUAAAGGAAAGAGCCCUGGCAGAUUUCAGUCCCAAAGCUGAAGAUGAGGCCACUAGAGUACCUGGGAUGUCUUCUGUGGCUGAGGUUAAUGCUGAGUCCAGGUCCACAUGUAAAGAUAAGGCUGGUAUUGAUACCUGGUUUUGGGCUGAGGAAGAGGCCAAUGUUGGUUCCUGGUUUUGGAAUGGAGACGAGACUAGUAAUCGUUCUAGUGCUAAGGAUGAAGGUAAAGCUGGUAUAGGUCCCCCAACCUGUGCUGAAAAAUUAGAACCUGUAGCUGGGGCCAGCUGUAAAUCUAGGCCAGGGACUGAGGAGGAAGAGGAAGAAAAUGUUAUUGGGAACUGGUUUUGGGAUGGAGAUGAAACCAGUUUUGAUCCUAACCCUAGACCUGUGAGCAGGAUAGUUAGGCCCCAGCCUGUGGAUGAAAUUAAUGAAAAAAAUAGGCCCAAGGACUGGUCUGAGGUAACUAUCUGGCCCAAAGCUCCUGCUGUAACUCCAGCAGUGUUAGGCUUUAGAUCCCAUGUCCCAUUUGAGACAAAGCCUCCUUCAUAUAUUGUCCUGGCCUCAGCUGAGGAAAAUACCCCUUCUUUGCCUGUGGAAACAACAUGCCCUUCUAGGAGCACUACUUCAAGCUCACAGCCUGUCCCUGAGUACCCAUUUGGUUCUGGUCCUUGCAUCCAGACUAUAGAGGAGAUUAGACGCCAAAUCAGGAUCAGGGAAGUGAAUGGGAUUAAGCCUUUUGCUUGCCCUUGCAAAAUGGAAUGCUACAUGGAUUCUGAGGAAUUUGAAAAACUUGUUACCUUACUUAAGUCAACUACUGAUCCUCUUAUUCAUAAAAUAGCUCAAAUUGCAAUGGGGAUCAUUAAUGUUCAUCCCUUUGCCCAAGAGUUUAUUAAUGAGGUGGGUGUAGUGACGCUUAUUGAAAGCUUGCUCAGUUUUCCUUCCUCUGAAAUAAGAAAGAAGGCCGUAAUUACUCUGAAUCCUCCUUCUGGGGAUGAGAGACAACGCAAGAUUGAAUUACAUGUUAAGCAUAUGUGUAAGGAAACCAUGUCUUUUCCCUUGAACUCACCCGGACAGCAAUCUGGAUUAAAGAUACUAGGGCAACUGACGACUGAUUCUAACCAUCACCACAUUGUUGCCAAUUGCUUUGCAGAGCUUUUCCAUUUGCUAUCCUUGGGAAAUCGUAAAACCAGAAAUCUUGUUUUAAAAGUACUUUUGAAUAUGUCUGAAAAUCCAGCUGCAGCCAGAGAUAUGAUCAAUACAAAGGCCUUAGCAGCAUUAAAACUCAUCUUUAACCAGAAAGAGGCAAAAGCCAAUCUCGUUAGUGCUGUGGCCAUAUUUAUUAACAUAAAAGAGCAUAUCAGAAAGGGUUCAAUUGUAGUUGUUGAUCACGUGAGUUACAAUACACUGAUGGCCAUUUUCCGUGAAGUUAAAGUAAUUAUUGAAAGAAUGUAAAAUGAGCCAGAAAUAAAAGUGAACGCUUUGAACAAUCUAAUCGGCUGUGUAUUCCUAAAGAGCCUUACAUAAUGUUUUGAAUGUUACCAGUGUGUGCAUUAUAAAAUCACAUCUUUAACAUGACAUUACCUGUGACAGUCUCUAGGUUUGAGCUAGACCAUUUUUACAUAUCAAAUGGGUAUUGCAUUGUAAGCUGAAAACAUCACUUGAUUUUAAUCUUGUGUAGAUGGGCAACUUUUUAACAUUUUACUUAAGAUAGUGAACCAGUUCAUCUUAAGUAGGGUAAACUUGUUCAUUAUUAUUUGCUUGGAUCUAUUUCUAAUGGCAAAAAAAAGAAAAUGUCAUUGAAAUUUGUAAUUGCAGAAAUAAAGCAUAUGCACACAAAAAGAUAACAGCAUUUACAUAUAUCCAUACAUAUACAGACGAAUUGCUGAAUGUGCUCUCAAUAUGUAAAGAAGGCAGGAGUUGCUGUAGGCUGUUUAAUGUAAGAGGAAUUAGUGUUUUCCCCUUAUUCAGCCUUCAUCAGAUAACUCAUGGUAGGAAUUACAACUGCUGAUGUAAACUGAAGAGAAUGUGUGAAAAUACUAGGUUGUAUGCUUUGAGAUUUUUCAGUAGUUAUGAAACUAAAACAAGAUCAUACUGUAAAUUAUUUGUAACUUUCUCCUCCCUGACUGUAUAUUUUGGGCAUCUUUCCAUAUCAAUAAAUGUGCUUCUGUAACAUAUUUUUUAAUCACUUAAUGUUUCUUCUGUGUGAACAAUUAGUGCAUAGUGCCCUAAUGUUUCAUUGCAUGUCCCUCUCUUUUUUUUAAAGAUUUAUUUUAUUUUUGAUACAGAGAGAGAGCGAG